GUGCCCGGUGCCCGUAUCCGUCUCUCUGCUCAUUGUGAACCACCAAAUUUAGUUCGAAUACGAGCUCUGGGGAGGUUAUCCCCAAUCAGACACCAGAACCUGGAUGAGAAGAGAGUCAACCUAGGGUUUUGGGGCUGGAAUGGAUGCUUAUUCAUUGCCUAUUUGCUUGCUUGCGCAUUUUCUGGCCUAUUUUCUCGCCUCUUGCACUCUCUCUUGCUAUUCCUUCUCUCUCUCUCUCUCUUCUCUCUCCCUUCCUCCACGAAACCAUCUCUUUCCUCAUUCUUCAGCAAAUCAAAAUCACAAAAAAUCUUCAUCAAGAGUCCGAGAAACCACGCACAGAAGGAACGCUACCACGUCGGGCGGACGUCCAGCCAACCAGCACUCAACCGCCAUCCUUUCCCACACCGCCGGUGCCUUCUCAUGCCAGGACCCAACCUUUGGUUCCGCCCCGGGUAA